UAUGAAUGACCGACGAGAAAAAAAAUCAAAGAGAUGGCAGUAAUCAGUAAACUGACCCAAUUUCAAUGACAGAGCUGAAAAUCUCUAUAUCUGGGUCGGAUACAUGUCUCUGGGUCAAUGAAGAUGUCGGGUGACAUAUUUCAGUCUCUGGAGAACAACACCAGUAUCGAUGUGACCAAGUGGAAUCCCUUGCAGUGUUACCUUUGUAAUGAGAAAUAUGACGACCCUUGUAUAUUGUCAUGUUACCAUAGUUACUGCUCCCAGUGUUUGAGAGGCCGUGCCAGUGAGAAUAAACUUAGUUGUCCACUAUGUGGGUGUGUAACAAAUCUGAAGGAUUCAGAAUCCUUACCUUCUCCAGAUCACCUGAUGAAAUUCCUGGUGGAUCAAAGUUCACGAGAAGACAUGGAACCAUGUGCCAAUUGUGAUGAGGUUUCAUCAGAAAUGUUUUUCUGCAAUACAUGCUCCCAAGCACUUUGUCUGACAUGUCGUACAGAAACUCACAAAGCCAAAAUGUUUGCCAGUCACGACGUGAUAAAUCUAUCCAAAAGGACAAAAGAAGUUCACCGUGAAUGUUUAACUCAUAGGGAGCCAUACAUCUUGUUUUCAACUGAGAAGAAAGCCAUGCUGUGUAUAAACUGCUUCAGGGACAUGAAAAUGGAAAGUCGGUCUCACUGUAUGGAUCUAGAAACAGCUUACACACAGGGAUGUAAGAAACUUGACCAAAGAAUGCAGGCUGUCAGAGAACUUCAGAAUUCAGCCAGGGACACAAUAUUCCUUCUGAAGGCCCUUCUCACUGAAAUACAGCAAAGCUCAGAGGAUGAAAAGAAAGCCAUUACGGAUCUGUUCGACCUCAUGAUGGAAAAGAUCACGGAAAUGAAAACGGAACUUCUGAAAGAGGUUGACAGGCAGUACCAAGAGAAAGAGAAGGCAUUUAAGAAGGAGUUAUCUACCCUUAGCACCCUAUUACCUACUCUACAUACUCAUCUGGUCACAUGUUCAGCCUUCACCAGCUCAGCCAAUAGAUUUGAGUUCUUAGAUUUGGCAUAUAUUUUGAUGGAUCGUUUGAAAUCCAUAAUUAAUCAGCAGCACCCCCUUCACCCCUCACAGAGUGGACAGAUUUGUACAGACUAUAAAGUUCACUACUCCAAGUGCUUGGAGCCCCUGUUGUUUCCCUCCAGAUCUCCGGCUCCACUGAGUAACAUCCCCACUGCAUCCCCCCUCACUGAUUCUACCUCCAGCAUUCCUAGUACCCUUCCUAUGUCCACCACAAUGACCACCCACACCUUGAAUUCGCGGCAGCACUUCAGUGGUGGAUCUGUUCAGUUUGGUCGCCGCGGUUACACCCUGCCAAAAAUAUCCUUCACAGAUACAAAGAGCACCUUUGCAGAGCACUGUGGAGAAUUUGAAGCCUCUCAUAAACUUGUGUGUCAACGCAUAGACAAGUUGAAGUUUGACGUCCAAGAGCUUCAGAGAGACCUCACGCUGCGUCGAUGCCUGAUCAAGUUGUCCUCCGUACAGGAUCUGAGGGAGGAGAUAACUGAUCUUCAGAAAGAUUUGGACGAUUUAUUUCUACUGACUGAGAAAAAACAACCGACGCUGGAGAAACAUUGGGAAGAUGUUCUGAAGAAAAUUGCCACAGAACAAGAAGUUUACAAAGGUCAGUUGAAUGAUGUUCUGAGACUCAAGCAAGAAACUGGACAUAUGAACACAAUUCUGACUCAGCUCAACUCUUUUGUGAAGUCCAUUUCUUCUGUCACAGAGAGACUGGCUCCAAAACUGACACAGUGCAGUCAGGAGAGAGACCAUGACAGCAGCAUAGCGGCCAUGUUUGAGGAAAUCAAUACCAUGCAGCCAGAUUCACAACACAGAGUUGAUGCUAUACGAAUGGCUGAGGAAGAAAGAGAAACUCUUACUGCAGUAAACAGAGUUAACCCCCUUGACGAAGAACUAAUCAAAACAAAGGGAAUGCUAAAAGCUCCAUCGGCCAGAAGAGAGGGUGUUUCUAGGCGUAACUCAACAAAGAGGGAAUCUCGUGAAUUCAAAGACACCCCAUCUGUGGAGUCCCCAACCAAGGAUAGUGCUCCUGAACCCUCUAGUCCUCCUAGGCCAACUACUGAAUCACUAGAAACUACCAAGACAAAUAAAGACAAUGAGAAAUGUUCCAGGGAUUUUGUCAACUCAGAUGAUGCAAAAAGAAACUUGGAAAAUACCAUAGAGGAUAAGAAUGACUUCAUUUAUUCCAAAAGUCCUGAAAUGAAUAAGUCCCGGUGUGGUAUGGGUGCAUCCGAAAGAAAAGACUGUUGUGUUGAUACAGAUGCUAAUAAAAUUUGUGUCCCAGAUUUGGAAAUCACGGAAUACAGUUCAGAUACAAAUGUGUUUGAAGAUAAUAGAAAAACUGAUCAAAUUGCUAAAGUAGAAAAGUAAAUACCGGGUAGUAUGGAUUGUAAACUGUUAAAAAGUCAGUUCUGAAUGUGCCAAUUUUUUGUUUCACAACAGAUGUUAAAACAGUUACCGGUAUUUACAUGUAUGUUUUGGGUUGUAAAUUUUUAUUUUCUCAGUCGUUAAGCAAAUCUCCCACUGUUAUAUUCAUAUUUCACAGUAUUAUAGAAUUCCACCGAUAUACACUCUAUAUUGUAUAUUCACAUACCACUACAGUUAUAUCAGUUCUUUCCUUAUAAACUUGAAGGCAGAUGUUCAGAUAAAUAUUUUUAUUGUAUCCGUAUACUUUGUUUUAUACAAAUAUGCAAUGUUUGUACUGUUUAUAUACAUGGUAACAUGAAAUGUUAGAAAUCCAGUAAUGCACAUCCAUUUUAGUUCCACCUCAGGUUAAAUAUAUAAUGUAGCUUGAAUGACACAUCUCAAACACUGAUAUUUAACCUCGUCCUAAGGUCAUGUUAUAUAUGACCCUUGGGACAUCAUCCAAUUCAAGAUAUGUGGAUGACGUUGAAUUUUGUCUUUUCAUACAUAUAUUUCAAAACAUUGUUUUGAAUGCUCCAUCAAAAGAUAUUUCAAUGUGAUGUUCUUUCUGAUGUGCAAUUUUUUGGUUAAAAUCAUAACAUUAUAAUAGUUUGAGGGGUUUUCUGCCAAUAUACAUAUAACUUAAAGAAAGGAAAUGUCUUUGCUCUGAUUUAAAGGAAGACUUCCAUUACUUGUAGGAUUUUUUUCUUGUACAUUUUUUACCCUUAUUUUCAUAACAGUUUAGUGUAUAUGAAAUAUAAAGACACCUUUGCCUAUGUCAAGUGUUUUUUUUUCACAUGAAAUUCAUGUUUGAAAUUCACAUAGUAGAAUUCUUGUGAAAUAAAUGGAAGUAAAAUUUCUUUGAAUGUCAAAUCUUUUUAGUGAAAUUGACAUAAAGUACAUUUGGUUUUUUAUGCAAAUGUUUGAAGAUUGUGAAGAUUUUAUUCUCAUUCUUUACAACUAAACCUGUAAUACAUGUAGAUGAUUUUCUGCUAUAAUUUCAAUUUAUUUUAAGUCACCAAGACAUUAAAAUUCUGAAAAUGUGCUAUAUUUAUAUAAAUUUACAUUUUUAUUAGCUCACCUUGACGAAGUCGAGAUGAGCUUAUGCUUUACCACUGGUGUUUACGUUGGUGUCGGCGUCUCGGUUUUAGGAGCAAGUCCAUUCCCAAGUAACUAUAAGCCCUACCUGGACCAAACUUGCAUGGAUGAUGCAUCUAGGGAUGGACACUACCACACUUGCUUCGGAUGCUGGAUCUGACUAGAUUUUCCAGAUGAGUGACCAGGUUAAAGUUUUUGGAGCAGGUCCGUUCUCAGGUAACUUUAAGCCCUACCUUGACCAAACUUGCAUGGAUGAUGCAUCCAGGGAUGGACACUACCACAAUUGCUUCAGAUGCUGGAUCUGACCUUGAUUUUCCACAUGAGUGACCAGGUUAAGAUUUUGGAGCAGGUCCAUUCACAAGUAACUAUAAGCCCUACCUGGACCAAACUUUCAUGGAUGAUGCAUCUAGGGAUGUACACUAACCAACCUGCUUCGGAUGCUGGAUCCGGCCUAGAUUUUCCACAUAAGUGAAUUUUAGCCAUAUUUUAACCAAAUUAGCAUGGAUGAUGUAUCUAGGAUGGACACUUCCAGACUUGCUUUGGAUUCUGAAUCUUACCUACAUUUUCCAGAUGAGUGACCAGGGUAAUUUUUUUGGUGUAACUAUAUAAUAUUAAGGCUUGUUAUGAUUAAACUUGCAUAGAUGGUGCAUCUAAGGAUGAAAACUUCCAGACUUGCUUUGGAUGUUGGACCAAAAUUUUCUUGAUUAGUAAACAGGUUAAGAGUUUUUUGAGCAGGUUUAUUUCCAAGUAACUCUAAGUCCUACUUAAAUGAAACUUGCAUGGAUAUUGAUCUUGGGAUGUACACUAACUAGAAAAAAAAAUUUGAAUUGAAAUUUGCCUUACUGGUAGAUAACAUUUGUCGAGGUGAGCAUUGUAAUCUUUGAUUACCUAUGUUUUGAUAAUUUGAUAAGAUCAAAAUGCAAACAAAUUUAUGUUUUGUACUUUUCAUGUGUAAAAUCAAUUUUCCAAUAUACAUGUAUAUGCAUACAAAACUAAUAGCAAGAUUAAUUUAUCCAACACUUUUACCUUCAAUAUAUGUUUAUUUUGUGUAUUGCACAUCUUUAAAAUUGUUCA